AACCGACUUCUCCCGAUCAACUUCGAGCCUUCUUUGGGUCUUCUUAAGGAUCGAGAGGGGGACGGCAUCACCGAUCUGCUCGAUCGGAAACGCUCGCGAUGGUUCUUCUGCAACCCGACCCGUUUCUCAAUGAGCUUACGAGUAUGUUUGAGCGCUCGACAGAAAAAGGAUCCGUCUGGGUCACCCUCAAGCGCUCAUCUAUGAAAUGCAAGGCGACGAGGAAGAAAAUGGAGACUGCUGGGGAAACAAUUGAAUAUAGAUGCCUUGUUCGUGCAACUGAUGGCAAGAAGACCAUCUCUACUUCGCUCUCUGCGAGGGAUUACCAGAAAUUCCAAGCUUCUUAUGCGACCGUCCUUAAAGCCCACAUGAACGCUUUGAAGAAAAGGGAGCGGAAGGAUAAGAAGAAGACCGCUGAGCCCGAGAAGAAACAAGCUUCGUCGAAGAAGAAGUCAGAGCCGUUCAAGAAGCCAGCAGCACCCGCUUCGAAGGCCUCUCAAUAAUGACAAAAAAGCACAUUACAUUUUUCUGCUGUUUUGGGAGGACACACCAGAGGCAAUUUGCGAAACAUUAGAAAGAGUAUUUUAUUUAUUAUGUUCUCAUCACUGAUGAUGCUAUUAAUUUUCCUAUCGACUGAAGUUAAAAAAGGACCGUUGAUUGAGAAUUCUGAAUAUGAGGGAUGCUUCUGGAAAAAA